AUGGACGCGUCCUCGGGCGACCGCUCGUCGCCGCGGAGCCGGCAGCAGCUCCAGGGCCGGCGCCCGCCGCGGCUCGCCGUCAGCAAGGACUCGCACAAGGUCAGGAAGCCGCCCGUCGCGCCGCAGCGGCACCACCAGCAGCCAGCCGCGCAGCAGCAGCACCACCAGCAGCAGCGGCAGCCGGUCAUCAUCUACGACGCCUCGCCCAAGGUGAUCCACACCAAGCCGGGGGACUUCAUGGCGCUCGUCCAGCGCCUCACCGGCCCGGGCUCCACCUCCCAGGCCCAAUUCGACGCCGCCGCCGCGGCGGCGUCGCAGUCGCAGCCGGCGACGGCGAUGGAGUUCGAGCCGCGGGAGUUCCUCCUCUCGCCCACCGCCGCGCUGACCCCGGCCGCGCGGCUGGCCGCCAUCGAGAGGUCCGUCCGCCCGCUGCCUCCGCACCACCACGCACCGGCGCACGUCCCUCCCUACUACGACGACGACGACUUCUUCCUGCUGCCCCACCCCGCUUCCGGUUCCGCUUCGGCGGACGUGGCGGACAGCCUCGCCGCGGCGGUGCUCGGCCCGCCUGUCGCGGGGGCAGGCCGCCCUGGGAUCCUCUCCCCCGCGGCGCUCCCUCCGGCGGCCUCCACGGGGCUGUUCUCGCCGAUGCCGUUCGACCCCAGCUGCCUGUCAUGGCUGAGCGAGCUGAGCCCGUUCCUCCCCUCCGCGGCGGCCGGGCUGGCGCUGGACCAGGCGCCGCCGUUCGGGCCGAGCCCGCACAGCAGCAGCCUGCUGCUGUCCACGCCCACCUUGCCGUCGCCGGCCACCGUCUCUGUGCUCGAGUUCUUCAGCAGCACCAACUUCAACUUCCCGGACCUGUAA